UUGUUUGGUAAACGUCUUCCCAAACAGAACAGAACCCCUGGGUUUAAGACAGAACAGGAGUUGAAGUGAGUCUGAAAAUGGGGAGACACAGAGCUGGUUACUUAGUAUACACACUAUACAGAAGUCUUAGCCACUGUUUGUCUCCACUCAUACACCUUCAUCUCCGCUUUCGUAGAUUCCGAGGCAUCGAGCACCCACUCCGAUGGCGUGAGCGUCUUGGUCUUCCUUCUCUUCCUCGUCCUCCUGGUCCCCUCUUUUGGUUCCACGCUGUCUCUUUAGGUGAAGGUCUGGCGGCAUUGCCUGUGAUCAAGCGUUGCGUGCAGCGGAGACCUGAUGUUACGGUUUUGUUGACCACAACCACUCUAUCUGCAUUUGAGGUACUAAAGCAUCUUCUUCCAUCUGAGGUCAUAUAUCAGUUUACACCUGUUGAUACACCAGUCGCUAUAGAUUCCUUCUUGGCCUACUGGAAGCCAAAUGCACUUUUGCUUGUGGAGAGUGAACUUUGGCCAAAUCUUGUUAUGAGUGCUGCAAGAAAUGGUAUUACCCUUGCAAUAUUAAAUGCACGAAUGUCUCCAAAAUCUUUUAGGAACUGGUCUUUACCCGCAGUUCUUCAAAUGAUGAAUCUAAUGCUGUCAAAAUUUUCAUUGAUUAUCCCAUUGAGCAACGUGCAGGCAGUCCAUUUUCAGAUACUGCAAGCACCACCGCUUUCUAUCUGUUUUGCUGGUGAUUUGAAAUUUGCUGUAGAAGAUUCUUUGAGUUAUAAUCCUGACAUUGCAAUUCUGGAAGAUUUGAAGCUACAAAUUGAUGAUAGACCUGUUUGGAUGGCUUCUUCCAUACACAAGGGAGAAGAAAAAGUGAUUGUAGAUGUUCACAAGAGGUUGAAGAACAUACACUCUGAUAUAAUCACCAUUAUUGUGCCUCGGCGUCCACAGCUUGGUCGAGAUAUUACACGUGAAUGGAAAAAAGAUGGGGUGAGUGUUGCACUAAGGUCUAACCAUGACAAACUUUUGCCAGAAACUGAUAUCUAUAUGGUAGAUACGCUAGGUGAACUGAGAAGCUUUUACAGAAUAACUCCGAUAGCUCUCAUUGGGGGUUCUCUUUUGCCUGGUUUAAGUGGCCACAAUAUAUCAGAAGCUGCUGCUGCUGGCUGUGCUGUUUUAACUGGUCAUCAUGUUGGCCACUUCUUGAACAUGGUAUCAGAAAUGCAACGAAUAAAUCCGUUGUCAGUUCAUCAGGUUGCUGGAAAUAUUGAGCUCUGUGAAGUUCUUACUGAGCUCUUCAGUAAUUGCAUUGCUUUAGAAGCUCGCCGCGCAGCUGGAAAACAGGCCUAUCAUGCCCUAUCAAAUGGGGUAGGUGAGAGUGUGUGGAAUCUUUUGAACUGUCAUGUCUUUGGAAAAGCUUUGGAAGAGACUUAGAUCAGCGAGCUGCAGUAUUAUCAAGGAACUUGCAAGGAGUAUAAAACACUUCUGACGUGUACAGAACUUAUCGUGGAACCUGAGGCAGCCUCUGGUACAGGUGGGUGUGCUUGAGCUCAAUACACUUUCUUGGUAGUUAAUGGUAGGAGGCACAAGCUUGCUCUCAGAUGGAUCGUAAAAUUGAAUGGAAGUGGCUGCAGCUCAUGCCCAACCAACUAGAAUGUACGAAGCAAAUAAACUUUACAUGCCUGAUGCCUUGUGCAAGCAUCUCACACCUUAAUGGCAUCAUAUUAUCAAACUGGUUCCAAGAGGUGAAAUGGAAGCAGCAGAGAGGACACCCUUGGCCCAUGUACCUGUUAGUUGCCCUCAUUUCUGUAGACAAAAACUGUAAUAUAGAAGAAGACUCUUAUCUACGUGCAAGUUGGUAUAGAGAGUAAGGAUGAGCUGUGAAUUGUGUUAGGCAGUUUGAAACUUAAAAUUGCAUUUUCACUUUACAUAUCCAGAGUCAACUUGGCCCGAGAGGUACUGAUGCAUUAUUUGUACUAAGUUUUAAACGCCAAUCGCGCUUUCAAAUUAUGUGGGUUCUUCUGC